CAUUCGUCGAUUAGCAAUCUCUCUCCCUCCCCUCCCCCCCCCCCCCCCCCCCCCCCCCCCUCUCCCUCUCUCUGUCUCUCUCCAUCUUUCUUCUCUCUCUCUCUCUCCUUCUCUCCCAUGGACGCAAUUACAAACUCGCAGAUACUCCUACAGCUGAGAACCUUUCCCUGCUCUAAUGUCUCACAUUUGAAUCACCAAUCAUCACUGUCUGGCACUCGGUUUACGUGUCUCACGCCUGAACGCAACCGUUUGUACCAAGGAGUGUGUGUUUCCAAAGUGUCUACAUUGAAUGGACAUGUUCUUUUAUAUCCCGGAUCAUCUAAUAAAAGGAGAAGCAGCACUCUUGGAGGAUUAGGACUUAAUGGUUCGAUUACGGGGAACAGUUUAGUGGGGAAAAUAUGUUCAUCUGCAGGAUCGUGCACAUAUCCAGAUAGUUCUAUUGAAUCUCAUUCGCAUAUUGCAGAGGAGAAAAUUGGAGUUCUGUUGCUGAAUUUAGGCGGGCCGGAUACGCUUCAGGAUGUUCAGCCCUUUUUGUUCAAUUUGUUUGCUGAUCCGGAUAUCAUUCGCCUUCCCAGGUUGUUCCAGUUCCUCCAGCGGCCAUUGGCACAGCUUAUUUCUAUAGUUAGGGCUCCUAAAUCUCAAGAAGGGUAUGCUGCCAUUGGAGGUGGUUCGCCGUUGAGGAAGAUAACAGAUGAGCAGGCGAAAGCUCUGAAAAAGGAACUAGAAGCAAAGGAGGUCCCUGUAGAUGUCUAUGUUGCCAUGCGUUACUGGCAUCCUUAUACCGAGGAAGCUAUUCAGCAGAUCAAAAGGGAUGGUAUUUCAAAACUUGUAGUGCUGCCACUUUAUCCUCAGUAUUCUAUAUCUACAACUGGGUCAAGCAUCCGUGUCCUGGAACUUAUGUUCAGGGAAGACCCAAUCUUGUCAAGACUGCCGGUUGCUAUUAUAAAAUCCUGGUAUCAGCGAGAAGGAUAUGUCAAGUCUAUGGCUGACUUGAUUGGGAAAGAGUUAAAUAGUUUCUUCCAACCUGAAGAGGUAAUGAUAUUCUUCAGUGCACAUGGUGUGCCGGUCACUUAUGUUGAGGAUGCUGGUGAUCCUUACAGAGACCAGAUGGAGGAAUGCAUUUACCUAAUAAUGCAAGAACUGAAAUCAAGAGGAGUCAACAACAAUUAUACUUUGGCAUAUCAGAGCCGAGUCGGUCCUGUUCAAUGGUUGAAGCCCUACACCGAUGAAGUUCUUGUUAAGCUUGGUCAAAAUGGUGUGAAAAGUCUCCUGGCUGUUCCAGUAAGCUUUGUGAGUGAACACAUAGAGACUCUUGAAGAGAUUGAUAUGGAGUAUAAGGAGUUGGCCCUUGAGUCUGGUAUUGAAAACUGGGGUCGUGUCCCUGCUCUUGGGUGCACUUCAUCCUUCAUCACAGACCUGGCAGAUGCAGUUAUCGAAGCCUUGCCUGCUGCAACAGCAAUCUCGACCGCAAGUACAUCCAUGGAUGAUGAACUCGACCCUCUGGAAUAUGCUACCAAAUUGUUUUUUGGUUCAAUCCUAGCAUUCUUCUUGCUCUUAUCACCCAAAAUGAUAUCAGUAAUCAGGGGUCAAAUAUUCUGAAGUGGAUACUCGGAAAUUUCUGUAGUAAAUAAAAUUUAUGGUGUAAUAUAUUAACGAGAGUAAGCAUGGAGUGGCGAACUUUAGUCGUACUGUUCAGGAAAUAGCUGAUAUUAUCAGCAGGUGCUUCUCUUGUUUAUUUGAUAAAUGAAUGUGCUUUACUGAUAGUUGUAUCAUACAUAAUCUCUUAAGUGAUACAGAUUGGAGUUUUUGCUUAUCUAAUUUAUAUAAUUUGUUGUUCUUUUGUA